CUCUAGUUCAGGACACUUUCUUGACCAUGCUGGUGUGUUUGGGAGGUGUGAGGACGUUGUGUACUUCCUUAUGUGUAUUUUAAAAAAUAUGCUGUUUUUAGAAUAUUAGAUAUCUAUAUAGAAUAUUAAUACCGAGUUAUAAUGUCGGAACUGAAAGUUAACAAGAAGUUCGCGGAAAACUACGACAAGUAUAGACAGAAGGAAGAACUACAGAAACUGAAAGAUCGAUAUGGGGACCAGGACAGGGAAGGUUCCUCCAGCUCCUCAGAUUCAGAGUCCGAUGAUGAGAGUGAAAUGGAACUUGAUCCCAGACUUGAGAGGGAUUUUUACAGAACACUCUCUCUACUGAAGAAGAAGGACCCAAAGAUCUAUCAGAAGGAUGUAAAUUUCUAUACAGAGCAGGCAUCAUCUUCCAGCGAUGAAAAACCCUCCACUUCUAAAAAGACUGAGAGAGCCAUGUUCCUGAAGGACUUUGAGCGUAAAGUCAUUUUGGAAAGGGGAGGAAAAUAUGAUGAUGAGGAAGACAGUGCUGAUGAAGAGGUUUCCAGAUGGAUGAAGAAGAGAGCUGCAUCUCCCAGCUACAUCCAAGAACAGAAAGAACUGAAAGAGAGCUUUCGCAGGUUUGUGCAGGACAGUGAUACUGAGGCCAGCGAUGAAGAGGACCAGCUGCUGAGACGCAGGACCAAAACCCAAGACGAGAAGGACCGAGAGGAGGCCGACUACAUGGAGUGGCUGAAAGGACAAGCAGAGCUAGAGGAGAAGGAAGAGAUUCAGGACAUGAAAUAUCUGAAAGAUUACUGGAAUGACCCCCAUCUGGAUGAGAAGGAAUCUUUUUUACGUGACUAUAUCCUCAAUAAGGGAUACCUUGAUCAAGAUAAGGAAGAAAGAAUUCCCACCUAUGAUGAGCUGAUGCAGGAGGAUGUGGAGGACUCUGAGGAGGAGGGGGAGUCCUUCCUGCAGAAACAAGAGGAAUUUGAGAGGCACUACAAUUUUCGGUUUGAGGAGCCUGGUGCUCAUAAGAUCCAAACUUUCCCCCGCAAUAUUGCCACUUCUGUCCGAAGCAAAGACGACAGGAGAAGGAGGAAGAGGGAUGAGGUAAAGGAGAGAAAGAGAAAGGAGAAGGAACAGAAACGCCAGCAGCUGAAGGAGCUGAAGAACCUGAAGCGAACUGAGAUCAUGGACAAGCUGAAGAAACUGCAAGAGCUGACAGGGAAUGAACAGCUUGCAUUCAGAGAGGGAGACUUGGAGGGAGACUUCAACCCGCAGCAACAUGACCGGCUCAUGCAGAAAGUUUUUGGAGAUGAAUACUAUGCAGAGAAUGAGGAGGAGAAGCCUCAGUUUGAUGAUGAUGAGCUGGAGGGUCACUGGAAUUGGGAUACAUGGACAGGUGAGGAUGAAGGAUGCGAAGAGGAGGAGGCUUAUGAAGGUGAAUCUGAGAGCUACGAGCCUAACUGUGAAGAUCCAGAUUUCAUUAUGGAUGCUGACUAUGAACCAAGUCUGCAGCCACUAUCUAAGAAGAAAAAGAAAGAUAAAAAUCUGAGGAGAAAGAUGACCAAAGACGACGCUCCUCUCAUGGGCAAGAAGGGGAAGAAAUCUCACUUUGCUGAAAUUGUUACUAAAAACAAACCAGUUUUUAAUCCAGAGGAGAAGACAUUUGAGCAGUACCUAGAUGAGUACUACAAACUGGACUAUGAGGACCUCAUACAUGACCUGCCUUGCCGGUUCCGCUACAGACAAGUGGUACCCAAUGAUUUUGGUCUGACCACUGAAGAGAUCUUGGGGGCAGACGAGAGAGAGUUGAAUCGAUGGUGCUCUUUGAAGAAGACCUGUAUGUACAGGCCUGAGGGAGAAGAGCUCUGUGAUGUGAAGAACUAUCAGAUCAAAGCUCAGAACAUCAAAAAGAAGAAACAUGUAUUGAAUUCCUUAUAUAAUGAGAAUGAUGAGGGGCAAAUGGAUGCUAAGGUGAAAGUUGGUAAGAAGAGGAGAGAUCGCCUGAAGAAAGCAGAGAUGGAAAAGGAGACGAGAGAGCAAAGUGAACAGGAAGAGGCACUGGAGGGGGACAAAGAAGCGGCCUCUAAUCAGGAAGCUCCUACACCCUUCUCAGCUGACAAAAGGGCAGACCAGGCUUUGAAUAAGACAGCGGCAGAGGAAGGUGAUGCUGAGUUCUUGGUGCCUAAGAAAAAGAUGAAAAUGGAAAGCAUUCCAGAAGCCACCAAAGAUAAACCCCGGACUGAAAAGGAUAAAUGGCCAAAGAAGCAGAAGAGGCGACCAGGUAAAAGGACCCCUGGUCUUUUCAAGGUGAAAAUGGGUGGCAAAGAGUUUAGUGGACAGAGAUUGCGAGCCUAUGGCCUGAAUCCUAAGAGGCUGCAUUUCAGGGAAUUCUACAGGCAGAAACGAAAAGACAGGGAAAAGAGAGAAAAGAUGAAAAACAAAAGCAAAGUGACUGAGAGCUAAGGUUAACCAACUUUUAUUGCUCUGCACACAAGCAAUGGCGGAUUACUGAACGUGUUUUUGUUGUAACAAAAGCCUAUAGAGAAAAAAUGGUAGAUUUCUGACCAUUUGUAAAAAUUCAGUAUUACAUACUGUAGUGUUACCUUUCAGAUUGAUUGAUUGAUUUAAUUGUUUAAUAUUUUAAUAAAUCUUUUAUCAACUCAA